AUGUCUUCCAUACGAUCCAAUAUACUUGACACCAUUGGAAACACGUCGAUCGUGCAGCUCCAGAAUGUCGUUCCAUCGAAUGGAGUUCAUAUCCUCCUGAAAAUGGAGAGCAGCAAUCCAACGGGCAGCAUGAAAGACCGCAUGGCUCUUGCAAUGGUUACAGCUGCCGAGAACGACGGGCGUCUCAAACCUGGCGGCGCUGUUGUCGAGUACACCGGCGGAAGUACCGGCGUUUCACUUGCAUUGGUCUGCUCUGUCAAGAAACAUCCACUGCACGUGGUGACAUCAGAUGCCUUCUCAAAAGAAAAGCUAGACCACAUUAAGCUCCUCGGCGCCGAAUUGACGCUGAUACCAAGUGACAACGGCAAACAAACCGAAAAGCUUACCAAAGACAUGAUUCGCGAGGCACAUGCGCUGGCGGAAAGGACUGGGGCAUACAUCACAGCUCAGAUGGAGAACACCGACCAGCUUACCGCCUAUACAAAGCUUGCUGAUGAAGUUUACGAGCAGACAGAAGGUCGAAUCAAUGCCUUUGUACAAGGUGUCGGAUCCGGAGCGGCUCUCCGAGGGGUAUCUGAACGUCUUCGUCAACUUGACGAUCGAAUUCGAUUCGUUGCUGUCGAGCCAGAGGAAUCCGCUGUAUUAUCUGGCGGUCCCUCGGGAGCUCACAAGAUUGAUGGCAUAGGAGCUGGGUAUGUUGUGCCAUUGUGGUACGAUGGCAUUGCGGAUGAGUUCCAAGGCGUUUCGACAGCAGACGCCAGGGCAAUGGCACAUCGCUUAGCACGGGAAGAAGGGCUGUUUUGCGGGCUUUCAACUGGAGCUAAUGUGACGGCCGCAUUGCGAAUAGCAGAGAGCCUCGAGCCCGGAUCAACCGUGGUAGCUAUUGCGUGUGAAUCCGGCCUGAAGUAUAUUUCGAGCUUUCGUCAACAUAUGGAUGCUCUGACUUAA